GGAAAAAUUCAUUGAACAUUGCUUCUGUAUGCCUAUAUAUGCAUGUGUUUUCUUAGAAUUGCUUUGUGGGUUCAGAGGGAUGACACCUGGGGGGAAAACAGAUGUCUAAGAAUGACCUGAGAGGGUCAUUGGGCCAUAUAGUGGGGGGACAAUGCCUGAGGGGGUCACCUAAGUCCUAAAUGUGUGAGAAACCGCCCAUAGAGAGUGUUCCUUGUUAUGUGUGGAAAUUUACAGCUGCUAAGACUUUGUAACCUUGACGCAGCAGAGGAAUAUAAGGUGGAGGACUGCCCUCUUCCUGGGUCGGUUUCACUCUGCAGGAACUCAGUGUUACUGUAUGACUGUCUGACCUUCUUUGCAAAGAAUAAAAGCUUUUUUUUUAAUUAUACCUCAGAAUGAGUCUGUCUCUUAUGCUGAUGAGAGUUGAUUUAAAUUUUGCCACGACAAUUUGGUGUCAGAACGUGGGAUUCCUUGGAUGUGUCUUCUGGACCUGUGAGCGGAAGGUGACUGGCCAAUUCUGAAUAAUAGAAGUUCAGCCCUAACCCCGAUUAGAUUUGAGGGAGAAAGGGACCGACCGCCGAGGCCCGGAGGAGACACCACUGGAAUCAGAAAAGAACCCGAGUGGCAACAGAACUCUCGGGUAAGAGACAGUUCAUGGUAUUCUAAAUUUUGGGUUUUUAGAAAUAAGGAUUGGAAUUUAAAUUAGAAUUGGGAUGAACCAUAGCGGUGGGUCCUUCUCUGUGGGAAGUACAGCGCGCCGAAGGAAAAGGUAUCCACAGAGAAGGAAACCAGCAGAUAUGGGAAAGUCUCAGAGCAAGCUCAUUGAAUAUGAUACACCGGUGUUUAGGCAAAUGAAAAAAAUAGGAGAGAAAGAAGAGCGAUAGAGAAAGAAUUAGCAGGUAGAAAGGAGGAAAAGAAAGUUGAAGAAUGUGAAAAAAAAAUGUAAAUGCCUCACAUAGACCUACUAACCGCUCUGAUGUUUGUGUUUCUAAACAUGUACCUCCGCCCUAUACACACUUUCCCGUGAUUGAGAUGCAAGCCGUGAAAAUGGACCCUGACCUCGACUGCUCUCCGCCGAGAAGACCAACAGCACCAUGGGCAGAUCCAGAAUGGAGACAAGAGACAGAGGAAGAACCAGAAAUCAGUCCUGAAACCCCCAAUGAAGAAAUUGAAGAGGAAAUAGUGCGCAGAGCACCCCCGGCGAAGAAAAGAAAAUCAAGACAAACAGCGAAAAAAGAAAAUGUGAGUAUAACAGCUCCAUUGAUUGAAGUUUUAGGUCCUGACGGGCCAGUUAUGGUCUUUAGACCGUGGACUAUGAUUGACAUGAAAGAAGCGAUGGCUCACUUGCCGAGCCCGUACGAAGCAGGUGAUAAAUUUUCUACCGAAUUAGUCACCUUCUGCCAAGAAUUCAGCCCUACCGUGCACGAACUGAGGAGGCUGCUGGCAGUGAAACUGGGCGCUACGAGCUGGCAUAAAGUGAGCGGAGAGCUGCAGAAAGAGGACUGUCGGAGAGAACACUGUGAAUGGAAAAGUGGAUGGCUAUCUGCUGUUUUAGCACACGCUUUGCAUGCAGAAGAGAUGCAGACGGCGAAGAAGGAAAGAGUUAAAGCCAAGACCAACAGAGAGUGGCAGCUGACGCUAGUGCAAGCCGUGUCAAAGCCGGAGGGGCUAUUCUGUGCAGCGAAACCAGCUUAUCGAAACGGGGAAGAUGGAAAAGAGGAGGAGGAAGAUAUCCAAAUGAAAUUGAAAGAAACUCUGAAAGAUGGGGUUGUCGGAUCUGCGAGACUGAUGAACAUACGACAUUCAAGUGUACCAGAUGCAGACUGUGCAAAAAGGACGGUCAUUGGGCGAAGGAUUGCCUGGAGGACUAGCGAAAUCAACAAGCAGACUGAAGCGAGGGAGACGGAGAGCAGAGAGGAGGGGUCCAGGGAGAGCAACCAACGGUCACAAGUCAGGGAAGUGAAAAUUUUCUAACCACAAACACAUACACAUACACUGAUGUACUUUCUGCUCUCUGCAAUGAAGAUAAAAAGCUUGCUUUCCUUUGUGUAUGUCUGAUUCUGUUAAUGGACAUCCUGAUAAAUG